CCUAUUGCUGUUUUCAUGGCAGAACAAGUCAUAAAUUCUCUGGUAGGCUUGACAGGCUAUCUUUAGCCUACCGGAAAAAGUCACACGAGUUAGAGUUGAUUGCCAACACCUGCGCGUGUUGACCAGCUGCUGCACGAGUGUGGUCCUGUCGGGCUCUCGUCGGAGAGUCUCCUUACGUUUUGACUGGUUUCGUCGUUUAUCAUGGAAACACAAAUGCUGAUGUCAGUUGUCUUACGUUUUUUUCGCACGGUCAUCUUCCUGCUGCUGGUCACCUGCAGCUGUCCGCUGGUUAGAUCCCCUCCGGCCGCCACCAAUGAGCUGGGCGACUUCACAGACCCAUACAGCAGCAUCUUCUCUCCGCUGCUCAAAGCUCUGUCAGAGCACGGAAGGUCGAGAUGGAACCCAGGGCAGAAGAAGAAGAUGAAACCCGAGCAAAGGUACAUGACAUUUCUGACAGAAGUUUACAAGAAGUCCUCCAGAGUGCAGAGGAGUGUCGACGGGGAUAAAAUCUACAACACACUCCGACUGAUCAAGCCACAAGAUGAAUGCCUUGCACAUAGGAGUAAAGAAUCUUUUAUGCAGGAUCUUUCUUACAGCCUAGAUCAAGUAAGAAGAAAAGAGCAACUUCUGAAGUCAGCCUUGCUGUACAGUUUUGACCACGAUCACUCGGUGUGCUACCUGAGUAUCAGGGAGCAGGAGCAGUUAAACCAGUGUCAGCUGUGUCCUGGAGUCCAUCAUGCUUUGAACUUUACAGCCAGAGUUGACAGCAGGAGGAGAAGGAACUGGAUGGAGGUUGACGUCACCUCAUUUCUCCAGCCUCUCUUAAAAUUUCAGAGAAGGAAUAUUCACCUGCUCAUCAACAUCACCUGUCCAGAGGAACAAAUGGCCAGGGGAGAUGAGCAGAAAGGCCCACUGGAGUUCACGUUAAAGUCCCCUCCUCUGCUUCUUUAUCUCAGUGACACCAGUAAAAUCACCCAUCAGAGGUUACAGGUCAAUGGCAAAGCAGGCCAAAGGCCAUCCACUGACACAAGCACUCUUCACAAGCAGAUGGAGUUCAAACCUGAGAAGAGAUUUGGACACAAGAGAAGGUGGAAGAGGGAAUCUCCACAGAGCAAACAAGGUGAGAAAAGCCUGGAUAUCCACCUGCCUGAGCUUCUCCCAAGCUCUGAAUUCCCAACAACUGACUGUGCCUUGUAUGACUUCAGGGUGCGAUUCAGCCAGCUCAAACUGGAUCACUGGAUUGUUUUUCCACCAAAGUACAACCCCAGAUACUGCAGAGGCAUCUGCCCAAGGACCAUGGGCUUCAUAUAUGGUUCACCUGUCCACACCAUGGUGCAAACCAUCAUCUAUGAGAAGCUUGACUCCUCUGUGCCCAGGCCAUCAUGCGUUCCCUCCCAUUACAGUCCCCUGAGCGUCAUGAUCUUCGAAGAGGAUGGCUCCUAUGUUUACAAGGAGUUUGAAGACAUGGUUGCCACCAGGUGCACAUGUCGCUAAACCAGCUACGGACAUGUGUAUUUUCCCCCUCUAUUACAGGCUGAAGAGAACAUCACCACAAACCUCGUCAACAGUCAUCACAGAAGGACUCUCGCUCUGAAUGUCUCCUCAUUAUCCAAGAAUCACAUAUUCUGACCAGGCUCAGUGAUUUCAUGAAUUUAUGAAAUAGUUGUGUAAGAUCUGGAGCAGGUGUGUUUACUUAAACAAAAAAAAUAUAUUUUAUCUUAAUGAAAAGUGUGGGAAUGUGAUAUUUAUUUCCUUUUUGUUAAAACAAGAAUGGGUGCAAACGCUUCCUGUUCUUGAACUUAAUGUUUGCAAUGUAAUAUUCAAUUUGACACACUUGAAGGAGAAAAUGUGUGAUGUAUGAUUUUUGUUUGUUAUUUUUGUUAACUUAUUUUGGGUGUGUGGUCUGUUAUUUUUCUUUAAUUUAGCACAGUUGCCAAGUUUUAAGUAGCCCUGUUCUGGCCAAAAAGAAAAAGCUGUCACCAACUCUUAUCAAACCUUUUACAUAGUUUUAUUCCUGGGGAUUACGGACAGCUGUCUGAGUGGCAGCUGCCUUCAUAAUGUCCUGAAUGAAAGUUGUCAAGGUUUCGGUAUAUAUUUAUUACUUCUAGUCACUGAGUGACUGCAUACUUAUGAAUUGACUGCAUACUUGUAACUUUGUACUGGUUGAAUGUGACUAAAUGCAUGCCAUGUCUAUUUAUGCCAAUUGAAUGAGUUCAGUGUGUGUCUGUACUGAGCAUAGGGAUAAUGGGGAAAAAAAAUAUGUAGAGAUGUAAUCUGAAAAGAUGGAAAAUAAAAAAAUUAGCAGGCA